AUGUUGAUGAAGGUAAGGAAGAAAAAUGAGAAUAAGGCCAGAGGAAACUGGACCAAUAAGAUGGAUUUUAUUCUGUCCAUGGUUGGCUACGCGGUGGGACUGGGGAACGUGUGGAGGUUCCCUUAUCUUGCCUUCCAAAAUGGUGGAGGAGCCUUUCUGAUUCCUUACCUGACAAUGCUGGGCAUCGCUGGCAUCCCCAUCUUUUUACUGGAGGUGUCCCUGGGCCAGUUUGCCAGCCAGGGGCCCGUGUCAGUGUGGAAGUGCAUCCCAGCCCUGCAAGGUUGCGGGAUUGCCAUGUUGAUAAUAUCUGUCUUGAUAGCCAUAUACUAUAAUAUUAUAAUGUGCUGGACACUGUACUACCUGUUCGCUUCGUUGAAGGGCUCACUGCCAUGGGCUAACUGUAGGAAUGAGUGGAACACGGUGGAAUGUAAGGACAAAGACAUGCUGCUGUUAGACACCUGCAUCCUGCGGGACAGAAACAUCACCUCCAUCAAGAACUCCACUUUCUGUCUGUCCGCCAACACCGUGGGAAACCUGACCAAGCUGGUGAACAUGACCGUGGACCCCAACAAGACCUACGUCAGCCCCAGCGAGGAGUACUUCAAGUACAAUGUGUUGCACAUCUCGAAAGGAAUCGAAUAUCCAGGAGACAUCCGCUGGCCUCUGGCGGGCUGUCUGUGCCUGGCCUGGUUGAUCGUCUACUGCUCGUUAGCCAAAGGAAUCAAGUCAUCGGGGAAGGUGGUGUAUUUCACAGCCACCUUUCCCUACGUGGUGCUGGUCAUCCUGCUGAUCAGAGGGGUGACUCUCCCCGGUGCCUUCGACGGCAUCCUCUACUUUAUCACACCGAAGUGGGAGAAACUGAGUGAUGCAAAGGUGUGGAAAGACGCAGCCACUCAGAUCUUCUUCUCUCUGUCGGCGGCGUGGGGAGGCCUCAUCACUCUCUCUUCCUACAAUAAGUUCCACAAUAACUGCUACAGAGAUACUAUAAUUGUGACAUGUACAAACAGUGCCACCAGUAUAUUUGCCGGGUUUGUCAUCUUCUCGGUCAUUGGUUUCAUGGCACACGAGUUGAAAGUGCCGAUAGAGAAGGUGGCAGAUGAAGGUCCAGGCAUAGCGUUCGUGGUGUAUCCAGAGGCUCUGACCAGACUUCCCCUGUCUCCUUUCUGGGCGAUCAUCUUCUUCCUCAUGCUCCUGACUCUUGGCCUGGAUACCAUGUUCGCCACCAUUGAGACCAUCGUGACCUCCGUGUCGGACGAGUUCCCCAAAUACUUGAGGAAACACAAACCCGUCUUCACCCUGAUCUGCUGCGCCUGCUUCUUCGUCCUGGGCUUCCCCAUGAUCACAGAGAGUGGGAUGUUCAUGCUGCAGUUGGUGGACACAUUCGCAGCCUCCUACUCUUUGGUCAUCAUUGCGAUCUGCGAGCUGAUGGGGAUUUCCUACCUCUAUGGUCUGCAGAGGUUUUGCGAGGACAUUGAAAUGAUGGUUGGUUUCCAGCCAAACCGAUUCUGGAGAAUCUGCUGGGCCUUUGUGACUCCAACCAUUCUGACGGGCAUCCUGGGACUCAGUCUGUACCAGUGGAAGGGGAUGACGUACGAGGACUACACCUACCCCACCUGGUCCAUGGUUAUGGGCUGGCUCAUGGUCAUCUGCUCCGUCAUCUGGAUCCCCAUCAUGUUCUUCAUCAAGAUGUACCUCGCCCCCGGCACCUUCAGAGAGCGCCUGAAGCUGGUCUGCUCCCCUCAGCCCGACUGGGGUCCGUUCCUGUUGAAGCACCGCGGAGAACGCUACAAGAACAUGACCGACCCUCUGGGAACCAACUCGCUGGGCCUCAAACUGCCCCCCAAGGACUUCCAGCUCGGCUCCUACCAGUAGCAGUCUGGCCGACCAGCACUGAACCCACCACCUCCA